UUUAAUACUGACCUACAGACAUGACAAAUUUGUUCCGCAAUUUAGCAAUAUUUUUUACUUUUUUCAAUUUUGUGUUUUCGGCCCCAUUUUCAGCCAAGGGAGAUGUGUCGACUUGUCUUAAAAUAUUCUACAUCGCUGCUUAUGAUGAUGAUAACUUCGAGUGUGUAAAAGAAUUUGAUUUUUUCUCGAAUAAUAUGACAACUCAAAAAAGUGCAUUCACAGCUGGAAAAUCCUGUUUUUUUCAAAUCGUGAAAGAACAAUGCAGUACACCAGAUUACACUUUAAUUUCUUCGAAUUAUGACACCUUCGUGCAGGAGUUCACCACACCGCCGAAGGAUGACUCAAAUUGUUCGGAUACUUACUACAUGUAUAACCAAGCAAAAUGUGAAGCUAUGAUGUCGGAUGUUGCACAAAAAACGUUAAAAAUCUCCAAAGUUGAUACGAAAAUUAAUGAUACAAGGAUUUUGAAGUUGGUUGAGCAAUGCAAAAAUGUACAGACGUGCAUGAACUCAACCUGCAACGCUCCCGAUCUUGAUCGCAGAAUGGCAGAUGAUAUGUGUGAAGCAAUUGAAAUGAAGAACUCACCUUUCAUGGCUUGUCAGUUCAAAAUUCACAAAGAACGUCCAGAUUUAUCCAAGUAUACUUGUACGGACAGCAUCGGUUCUGAGAAUGAAAACAUUUCUGUUCAAAUUGAAGCUUUUACCACAAAAAAAGACUGCACAAAAUCAAUAAUGGAGGGGAUUUGUGGAAAAUCGGCAGUGGAGAAUUUCGAUCAAUACGCACAAAUUUCAGUAAAGAACUUGAAUAAAAUGGCAAGUUUCAUGAUGCAACUUCGAGUUCAAUAAACAAAUAAAUAUUGAUUUUAUCC